AUGAUUCUACAUAGGCUUGAUACGCAAAGGGAGUCGGAUGAGAAGAGGAAUAGUGGGGAUGGGCAUAUUAAACUGCAGGAGGAGUUCAGCAAGGUGCAGCUUGAAGGGAAGGACGAAGAGGUAUCAGAAGGAAUUGAUUGGGAGUUCUGGGGCUCUGUGAUGGCAGAUUACCAAGCGUUUGCGUCCGAGAAUCCGGACAAACUUGCCAAAGCAAUUGAGCAAGGUAUACCAGACAGCCUUCGAGGGAUGAUAUGGCAGCUCAUGUCUGCUUCGAAGGAUCCGGAGAUGGAGGCCACCUACCUCAGACUGAUCAAGGAACCUAGUUCACACGAGAAAGCUAUCACACGGGAUCUUGGGAGUAGGACCUUUCCACAUCAUGCGUUCUUCACGGACGGUCAAGGAAUCGGCCAGGAAAAUCUGUUCAACGUGUUGAAGGCGUACUCGUUAUAUGACCCGCAAGUAGGAUACUGCCAGGGUCUACCCUUCGUUGUCGCCGUUCUCCUGCUCAACAUGCCCGACGAAGAAGCCUUCUGUCUUCUUGUUCGACUCAUGUACUCCUACGACCUCCGCGGCCACUUCCUCCCCGACAUGCCCAAACUGCAACUCCGUCUCGUGAGUCCCUUUGACAGACUGAUAGAAGAGAUGCUCCCGGUGCUUCAUGUGCAUCUCCUUCGACAAGGGAUCAAGUCGAGUAUGUUCUGUUCGCAGUGGUUCCUCACUCUGUUCAGUUAUCGAUUCCCACUCGAAAUCGUCUUCCGAAUAUUCGACAACUGCCUCGCGAGCGGUAUUGAGGCAAUAUUCGGCUUCAGUAUGGCGCUCCUGCAAAAAAAUGAGGAAAAGCUGCUCAAACUCAAAUUCGACGAGAUUAUCGCGUUCCUCAAUAUGCACAUCGUCGAGACGUACCGUGAUGACUCCGUACCCGUACCAGAGAAAUCAGAAGACGGCCAGGAACCAAAACCUGUAUACAAGGUCGACGAGUUCGUGCAAGACGCCGUCGGUCUCCGAAUAACGCCUUUCAUGCUCGAUUCGUAUGCGCAUGAGUAUAACGAUAUGAUGAGGGUGAAGGAGGCACAUGCGUUGGAGGUGGACGAGUUGAGGAGCUCAAAUCGGAAUUUGUCGCAGCAGAUGAAUGCGCUGGAGUCGAGUUUGACGCAGUUGAACAAGGAACAUGUCGAUGUUUUGAAUCAGCUCGUCAUGGCUCGUCUCCGAAAUGAAGAACUAGAAGGCGAGCUUGUCCGAUAUAAACUGCUAUACGCCGAAGCAAUGCAUCAAACCGAAGACGCUAAGUCUUCUCACCGUAUGUCCUCAUCCGUGAGCGCAAGUCGACCGAGUAGCAGCUUCAGUAUACGGAGCUUCAGUUUGAGAGGGAAUACUGAGUAGCGUCGAUGGGGUGACAGAUGAUCAUGUAGGUUUAGAGAUGAUAUUACGAAGGAUUCCGGGCGCAGGGGGUUAUUAUUGUUGUGGUUGUUAUAAAUCGUACUACUUCUUUUUUUCUGUUCUGUGUUGU